CCCACCGUGCGGCACCGUCUUCUGCUCUCAGUCUCCCGACAUCCCGCCCCCUCGCCCUACCCUAGCCCGAUCCAACGCGGCUCCAGUGCCACCGCCGUGCCCUAACCUCUCCUCCGCGGCUCCCUACCCGUCGCCGCCCCACACCCCUCCGCCUUUCACGCGAGUCGCCGUCGCCGCCCCACAGCCCUCUACCUUUCACGCGAGUCGCCCUGCCGUCCCAACCCCGUCCGCGAUUUCGGCCAUCGGUUUCUGAGGUUUGUGCAUUCCAAAGCCAGCCCUAGGACACCCCUUGUGACAGCAUGCCUAAGAUAAAGACAAGCCGUGUCGAAUAUCCUGAAGGAUGGGCGCUUAUUGAACCCACAAUCCGUGAGCUGGAUGCCAAAAUGAGAGAAGCUGAAAACGAUACACAUGACGGGAAGAGGAAGUGUGAAGCACUCUGGCCAAUUUUCCGCAUUUCUCAUCAAAGGAGUCGUUACAUAUAUGAUCUUUUCUAUAGAAGGAAGGAAAUAUCAAAGGAGCUCUAUGAGUUCUGCCUGGACCAGGGUUAUGCAGACCGUAAUCUGAUUGCAAAGUGGAAAAAGCCGGGCUACGAGCGCCUCUGCUGCCUCCGCUGCAUCCAGACACGAGACCACAACUUUGCGACGACGUGCGUGUGCCGGGUCCCCAAGCACCUGAGGGAGGAGCAGGUGAUCGAAUGUGUCCACUGUGGCUGCAAGGGAUGUGCCAGCGGCGACUAACUGACUGAUUAUGCGUCAGUGGAAUCCAUGGUGGUUCUAAACCAAACACUCUAGAUGUUUCUUAAGCCUUGUCUCUGGCAAGAACAGUCGUCCUGUAAUGUAAGCACUUGCAGAUACCUGUUGCCCCCGCGCGUGCGUGUGUGUGUGUGUGUUUGCAAUCCUCUUAUCCGGUUUCCUGACAUUGGGGGUUAAGGAAACACGCAGUUGCUCCGUGCCCAUGGCUUACCAUCA